UAAAUAAAUAAAAAAAUAGUUGGAACAAUAUUACUGAGUGUUUGAGUUCCAUAAAGCAUCUCGAGUGAUUAAUAUAAAGUGUGUUUAUGUUUUCUUUAAAACGGCGCCGCAAACUGGUCUGUCGGCUUUAGGACCCAGGUGCGUGGCAGCCAGCAGACACCGGUUGAUGAGAUGGUCCUCUCGGCAUCACACAUCUUAUUACCGGACAAAGAGCUGCCGUUCACCCCGGACAGAGUAGUCGGAGGUAAACUUACCAGACGGUGAAGGUGGACCACCAACACGAGAUAAAGUGAGAGCAUUUUUCGUUACCGUUGUCUGACCGCGUCACCCCGCACCGUGGCAAGAAGACUCAGUCGCUUGUCUCACCGGCGACAACCAUGAGCCAGAGGUUCACCGUCUCCAAGAGCGACGGCGACCGGCGCCCCUCAGACAUCCAGGGGGAGGUGAACCAGCUGUUUGAGGGAGACGAGCCUCCGACCAGCAGCGGCGCGGAGGGGGAUGAUGCUGCCGGUACCGAAGCGGUGGUGGUGCUGAGAGAUGCUGUCCAUAUUUUCUCCACCGGGUUGUCAAAUGUUCCUGUGUUUACAACAGCUUUUUCAAGCCAGCAUAGUGGGAGCCUGAAGGAUUCUUCCCAGUGUGUUGUGGGUGACAGUAACCCCAAGGAGAGCAGCCCCUUCAUCAACAGCAGUGAUGUUGCCGCAGAGAAGAGUCAGCAGUAUGACGGCAAGCACAUGGCCUUGUUUGAGGAGGAGAUGGACACCAGCCCCAUGGUGUCGUCUCUUCUCAGCAGUCUGGCCAACUACUCCAACCUGCCCCAAGGUAGCAAGGAGCACGAGGAGGCAGAGAACAACGAGGCUGAGUCAUCACGCAAGAAACCUGUCAAGGCCCCCCAGCUUGGCACUCUGAUGGGCGUCUAUCUGCCGUGCAUCCAGAACAUCUUUGGAGUCAUCCUCUUCCUCAGGAUGACCUGGUUGGUUGGCAUCGGAGGUGUCAUCGGGACUUUCGUCAUCGUCUUCAUGUGCUGUGCCACAACCAUGCUGACUGCCAUCUCGAUGAGUGCCAUCGCUACCAAUGGAGUAGUGCCAGCUGGAGGCUCCUACUACAUGAUAUCGCGUUCGCUGGGCCCUGAGUUUGGGGGAGCAGUGGGGAUCUGCUUCUACCUGGGGACCACCUUCGCUGGAGCCAUGUACAUCCUGGGGGCCAUCGAGCUGCUCCUGAUCUACAUAGUGCCCAAAGCGGCCAUCUUUCCCCUGGAGGGCCUGGAAGGAGCUGAGGCGGAGGCUGCCCUGUUGAACAACAUGCGCGUGUACGGGACCAUCCUGCUGAUCUCCAUGGCCACAGUGGUGUUUGUCGGCGUGAAAUAUGUCAACAAACUGGCCCUGGUGUUUCUGGCCUGCGUCAUUCUCUCUAUCCUGGCUGUCUACGCCGGGGUCAUCAAGACUGCCGUCGAUGCUCCCGAUUUCCCUGUGUGCGUUUUGGGGAACCGCACUUUAGUGUGGAAGACGUUUGAUGUGUGUGCCAAGACCAUUGAGACAGCUAAUGGGACAGUCACCACCCAGCUGUGGAAUAUGUUCUGUGAUUCACCUUUCCUCAACGCUACCUGCGACAAGUACUUUACUGCCAACAAUGUGACUCAGAUCCAGGGCAUCCCAGGGGUCACCAGUGGGAUCCUGGCAGAGAACCUGUUUGGGACCUACUAUGAGAAGGGGGAUCUGAUAGCCAGGAUGAGAAUGGAGUCUGUGGAAGAACAGGACGACACUCUGACCAACGCAAACCGCUACGUGUUGGCUGACAUCACCAGCUUUUUCACGUUGCUGGUCGGCAUCUACUUCCCCUCUGUGACAGGGAUCAUGGCUGGUUCCAACCGCUCUGGAGACCUGCGUGAUGCCCAGAAGUCUAUCCCCAUUGGAACCAUUGCAGCCAUCACCACCACCUCCACUGUCUACAUGUCCAGUGUGGUUCUGUUUGGUGCCUGCAUCGAGGGUGUGGUCCUCAGAGACAAGUUCGGGGAAGGAGUCCACGGGAACUUGGUGAUUGGCACGUUGGCUUGGCCGUCACCGUGGGUGAUUGUGAUUGGCUCCUUCUUCUCCACCUGCGGGGCAGGCCUUCAGAGUCUGACAGGAGCUCCUCGCCUCCUGCAGGCCAUCGCCAAGGACGGCAUUGUGCCUGCCCUUCGGAUCUUUGGCCAUGGAAAGGCCAAUGGAGAACCCACGUGGUCCCUCCUGCUGACAGCUUUUAUCUGCGAGACCGGCAUCCUCAUUGCCUCACUGGAUGCAGUGGCUCCCAUCCUUUCCAUGUUCUUCCUGAUGUGCUACAUGUUUGUGAACCUGGCCUGCGCCCUGCAGACACUGCUGAGGACUCCCAACUGGAGACCCCGCUUCAAGUUCUACCACUGGACUCUGUCCUUCCUGGGGAUGAGCUUGUGUCUCACUCUCAUGUUCCUCUGCUCCUGGUACUAUGCCAUCGUCGCCAUGGUGAUUGCCGGCUCUAUCUACAAGUAUAUUGAGUUUGCAGGUGCGGAGAAAGAAUGGGGUGACGGGAUACGAGGUCUGUCUCUGAGUGCUGCACGUUACGCUCUCAUGCGGCUGGAGGAAGGUCCCCCGCACACCAAGAACUGGAGGCCCCAGUUGCUGGUGCUGGUUAGUACAGAUGGCGAGCAAAAUGUGGAGCAGCCUCGUCUGUUUUCUCUGACCAACCAGCUGAAGGCGGGCAAAGGUUUAACCAUUGUUGGAACAGCUCUAGAGGGCACCUACCUGGAGAACAGUGACCAGGCCCAGCGUGCAGAGCAGGCACUGCGUAAAUUGAUGGAGACUGAGAAGGUAAAGGGCUUCUGUCAAGUGACUGUGUCCUCGAACCUACGUGAUGCCACCUCCCACCUGCUCCAGGCCAGUGGGCUCGGAGGCCUGAAACAUAACGCUGUGCUGGUCUCCUGGCCACGCAACUGGAAGCAAGGAGACGAGCACCAGACCUGGAGGAACUUCAUCGAGUUGGUCCGAGAAACUACUGCUGCUCACCUGGCUCUGCUUGUCCCGAAGAACAUCGCGGCCUUCCCGUCCAAUGGCGAGCGCUUCACUGAGGGUCACAUUGACGUGUGGUGGAUUGUCCAUGAUGGAGGCAUGCUGAUGCUGCUCCCAUUCCUUCUCCGCCAGCACAAGGUUUGGAGGAAGUGCAAGAUGCGCAUCUUCACUGUGGCCCAGAUGGACGACAACAGCAUCCAAAUGAAAAAGGACCUGACCACAUUCCUCUAUCAUCUCCGUAUUGAUGCGAUGGUGGAAGUUGUAGAAAUGCAUGACAGUGACAUCUCAGCCUACACUUACGAGAAGACCCUGGUGAUGGAACAACGGUCGCAGAUGCUUAAACAGAUCAACCUGACCAAGACUGAGCGCGAGAGAGAGAUCCAGAGCAUCACUGAUUCGUCCCGCGGCUCCAUCCGUCGUAAGAACCCGGCUGCUGUGACCACCCAGCUCAGUGUGACCGAGGACCCGCCAGCAGCCAGCAAGGAGGAGAAACCAGAGGAAGAGGUCCAGCUCAUCCAUGACAACACCACCCCAGCCAGCCCCGCAACCCCAGCCACCCCGUUGACUCCCACAGAGGGGGCUCAGAGCCCCGGGGAGCAGGUCCAGAUGACCUGGACUGAGAAGUGUGACGGCGAGCCAGCCAAGCCGCCCGGCGCAGCCACACCAGAGGGCAUCAAAGACAUCUUCAACAUGAAGCCUGAGUGGGAGAACCUGAACCAGUCCAAUGUGCGACGUAUGCACACAGCACUCCGGCUGAAUGAAGUUAUCCUCAAAAAGUCCUCAGAGGCUAAGCUAGUCCUCCUCAACAUGCCCGGGGCACCCAAGAACCGGACAGGUGACGAGAACUACAUGGAGUUCCUUGAGGUUCUCACUGAGGGUCUCAACCGGGUCCUCCUGGUCCGUGGAGGCGGCCGUGAGGUUAUCACCAUCUACUCCUGAAAGAGCAGCCCCCUCCCCCUACCCACUACCACCCCUCCACCCCUCCCUCAGCCCCGUUCCUGUGUCUCCUGUGCUCCCACCCUCUCAUCAACGCUGCUUCAUCAUCAUGUCGCCCUUACCGUUUAUUUCUGUAAGGUAAUCUUCUCAUGCCCGGCUCAGCUUCAGCACCUCUCCCUCAGCUCCAUCCCCAGCAGACCGAUGAGCAGCAUCACAUGCUUAGCUACUAAACCUCUCAUUCUAGUACAAUAACCUACUUUAACCAUCGUAGGCUCUAGACUAAUUUAGAUGCUAUCUAGAUUUGUUCUUAAAGAGACGUUGUUCUUUCUUUGCUAGUCUGUAAUCUACUCGCAUUGAGUCACUCGGUCAGGAGGAGGUGGUGGUGGGCGUUGGGUCGUUAGCUGAGGUGUGAGCGCAUAUGCAUGUAUGUGUCUGUCUUUGCUUUAAUCUCUGCAGAUUCCUUUAUUUUUUUGUUGUUUUCCAAAUACAAGUGUGGCAUAGAAGCGGCUUCUGCUUGGAAAGAACGAGAGCCAGCUGAAAUGAGCUCAGUGUAGGAUUGUCUGUUUAGUUCCCUUCGUGGUGAAUGGACACCUCCCACAGCAUUCCAGCCUGUCGUCUUUGAUGUGAAUUAUCUUUCAAGGAAAAAGACACUGCUACCCACGGCCAGGAGCACCAGCUGGAAGCAGGAUGAUGUAGUCAAGUACGAACUGUGAAACUCACAUUGACAUUCGAAGAAGACUGAAAAGGCACGUGGAUCAGACCUGCAGUGUUAUCUUUAACCUGAUCACUCCUCAGCACGACUCCACUUGUUCUGUUAUCCGCCAUCACUGUCUUUCUAACCCAUCCUCCUUUCAACUCAUUUCUUAGUGGCUGUUUAUCCCUGAGGCCACUGUUAGUGCCAAAAAAAAAUAACAACAACAACAAGGCUAGCUUAGUUUGUAGAGAUUGACACGUAAUUAAACUGUGAAUAGAGCGUUUCCUAGCAGAAGGCUGGUGUGAGAGCAGAGUGGGAAGACAGUACAACCCCCCCUCUCCCACCCCCCACCCCCCAACCACCACCCCAGGGGAGAUUAUCAUUGCCAGCACCCCUCGACCCUCGUGUGGAUCACUGUAAAUAAUGUACAAGCUCUGACGCGUUGUUCAGUAUGAGUGUAGUAUUUUUGUGACAUACUAAAAAGCUUCUAGUGGAGAGAAAACGGUCCUUCGAUCGGAGGGACAGCUCAAAAACGCUGUUUUUAAAAGUUUAUUUAUUUAUUUAUUUAUUUAUUGGAUGGCAUAGGCUCCUGUCACUAUGGUAACUGUCAUUGUAACCUCGACAAGCACUGCAUCUGCACUGUCCGCCACUGUGCAACAAGUGAAAAUUUUGAUGAAUUCAUCAAGUUCAUUAAAAUAAAAAUAAAAAAAUACUAAAUGUUAUUUUUUCAUCUAGAGAACAAAUAUGUAUUUAUGUUUAUAGACAGAAGUUACACAUAUUGAUGAAAUAGUUGUAUAUCAUUUUGAUUGUCACUCAAGAAUAUAUUGCUGUUUUGCCAAAUUUCGAUACUUUAAAUGUGCCAUAUCAAAGUAUUUUUCACAGAGAAAUAGUAAACAAAAUUCUAUUGAUUAAAUCAGAGAGAACAAAGUGGGCUAAAAUAAGAAAACCUAGGUGUCCACAUGAAACUGUUGUUGGAAAGUCGCCCUGUAGAUGAUUAGAGAGUAUAUGUUCAGAUCUCUGUAAAACUACAAACAUUCAGUUCUCGCUGAAGGGAGAUUUUGAACAUCUAUCGAUUGAUUGUUUAUGGGGUCUAGUCUAAAAUAAAUAGAGAGGACAAUGGCUUCUGUAGCUGGGAAACUCACUUUGUCCACAAGGCUGAACUCUAUGCAGUAGACUCUCCAGUGAGCUUUUAUAUCCUCUUAGAUUGGUUAAGAUUUGAGCCACACAUGUCCCUGACUGAAUGACUUGUGAGCAAAUCAUAUUUAGGUUUAAAAGUGCAUCUUGGAAGGAAUGUGCAAUAGUUGAAAUCCGGACUCAUGUGAUCAUGUUAAUUUAUUUUUUUACACAUAUAUUUUGUAUAUGUAGAUUUCGUGAGUCUUAUGAAUCCAGAAUCAUCUCACUCUGACCAAGGACAGCUGUCACUUUGAUUAUUUCUGUUUCUUUUCUUAAAGAAACUGUUUUUGGUCAUUUGCACUUAUAGUAGAAAUAUGAAUAUAAAUAAAUACGUAUAUAUACACACAGUAUAUACAAUAUAGGGAAGCAAAACAAAUUAGUUUCUAGAACUAUUUAAAAACAGUAUUAAAUGUUUUUAGUGUUGCUUGAAUGUCGGACCAUAUGUUGUGAAUGCUGCUAGUAUCAAUAGAUUUAUUUGUACUGUAAAUAGAGAAGACUAAAGCAACAUUAAAGAUCAAGUGAAAAAGGGUAAAGACAUACAUAUCAGUGGUGGUGGUUGUCUAACAAGACAAAGCUGUACGUGUUGACAUUUGGCCUGUGAUCUCUGGACAGGGUUAGCUUUCUGUUUUAUUAGAAAACUAUACUGAAUACCUUGAUGCAAUAUUACAACUGAGGGCAAAUCCUCCACCCUUUUAUUCUCUUUUUAAAAAAAAAAAAGCUCUCUUGAUUAUUACCAUUUUUAAUCCCAUAAUUAAAGUGAACCAAUUUUAAACUAACAUAUUAUUAAUUUACAUAGUUUACUUAAAGAAACUGGCAAAAAUGUUUGAAUAUGAAUAUUUAUCUGCUAAAGAUUGCUGUUUGCAAAAUUUUUAACACUCCUAACCUUUGACACCUGUGAUAGUCAAGAAGCAGCCGCUCCUAGUUUUCAAAGAUUUAGGGUGCCAAGUCAUGAUUUUCUUUUAAAAAGCUUGUCACACUUAACUCUGACGAAGGUGUUGUUGUUACGCUCACAUCAGUGUUUGGAAGAACGUGGCUAUUUUGGAAUCGUCUCCACAACAUUGCCUGCAUCAACUGAGCCUUUUAAAUUUAUUCAACAGAAAAAAAAAAAAGAUAUCUGAUGUUUAUUGGAGAGGUUUAUUGGAAAUGAAUUUAUUUAUUGAAUUAUAAAUGUUUUAUAAUUGCUGUUUGCAUGGUACUAUGUGGCAAUAUUUGUUUUAGUGGUUUCUAUAGUGAUGACUUAUAUGUUCAAGGUGCAGACUGAGAGAAAAAAAAAAAGGCUGUCAAACGUUCUCAUUGAGUUACAGAUUUUGAGAACUCAGGAGUGUUUUGCUGUACGUUCGGCAACAUGGCUAGACCUUGAAAACAAGUCUUUUGCAAAAAAUAAGAAAAAGUAUGAGUUCACUAUAUUGUUACUUGUUAUAUUUCAAUCUUGCUCAUGUAGUCUUAUGUAACGUAAUUGGGGAUUUUGAGUUUGCGAAUGGAUGGGCCUUAGGAAUGGUCAUUUCACCUUUGUAAAUAUAUAUCACUGAAGUCAGAGACACUGUAACCUGCUAUUGUUGUCUUUUGUUGUACACUGUUCUAUCACUGUGGACAAAGUCUUAGAGUUUUGUAUGAUUAUGUGCAAUAUUGUUCUCAUGUUGAUAUUUUUUUCAUUUUGUCACAGUUAUUUAAUUUAUAUAAACCACUGGAGGUGUCAGCAAUCACUUAUUUCAUCUGAAUGUUUGUCACCAGGUCUUACGGACCAUAAAGAUCUAAAGUGUUCAUCCCAAAUGUGACUGAGACAGCAAAGCACUUUACACUGAGGGGGCACUCUGUGACAGGAUCAGUCUGCAUGAAUUGGGGGGGUCCAACUAGAGCCAGCCUGCUCUGUACAGACUCUAUCCCACAGUGAUCUCUGGUGGCACACGAGUGUAUUACAGCCAGCUGUGGAGGUCUGACAGCUCAGACUAUAAAAUAUGAUUAAUUCCCAUCAUUUUGCUGCAGUUUUAAACUGCAAUAAUCCCGAGACCUACCUGCUGAUUUUGUUUACAUCGAUUCAUUCGAGCAUUUUACUUGGACAUUUUAGCAUGCAUCACGUUCUUUCCUUUCUCUUGCCAAACUUCUUAAAAAGAAUAUUAGUAACUGUUAUAUUUAUAGUGCUUGUCACUCAAUCUGUGAGGUGAGCCUUCCCAGAAACCCUCACCCCCCCCCCCCCCCCCCCCCCUACCUGCCCAAAAUCCCUGGCCUCCCCCCAUCCCAGCCACAAAAUCCACCCCAGCUCUGUAUUUUAAAUGUGAUUGCAGUAUAAUUCUGAAAAAUGAUCAAAGAAUAUAAAACUUGCGCUUCCAAUUCUGGUACCGGCUCUGCUUGGAACGACACAAGAUGGUCAACUUAGAAACCAGCACGUCCCUCCCUCCCCUCCCCUCAACACAACUGAUCAGAGAUUUAGAUCAGAACCUUCGCCUGCACAACUGUAGCAUGAGACAAACUUGCCGGUGAUCAUUACUCAGUCUCCAUCCUUAAAUGGAUAUUAAGGGCUCUGAAACACAUCUGUUACCGGGUUGAGGAGGCUGUCCUGUUAAGACACCGUCAGAGAAAAUACAAGAAAAUCCCAGAUUACGGCAGAAGAGAGGGCACACAGUCUGUAGCUGAGAUAAGAUCGUACACUUCAGUAUCCUCGCAGAUGCAUCAGACAGACGCGCCUGAUGUUGGGAGGAAAUACAACAGCUGCACUUAAAUCUCACAGUUGAUCUCUCUGGGAAUCAGAUGAGAAAAUGUCAAAGUGGCCGUCGCAGACGCGGUGCAAGCAGAGCCCCGUCCCAGUUAUGUUGUGUAACUCAGUGCAUGCAUGCAAUUACCCUGAACAAGGUGUAUUGAUAAUAUAUUGGGUGUUUGUGGUAUAAAAGUAUUUUUGUUUUUAUCAGUUAAGACACUUUUAUUUCUAGUAGUAUGAUUUUUUUUUUCCUCUUUUCCUUAGGACUGGCCAAUCAGUGUAUCCAAGAUGAAUAUUAUUAUAGUACAAGAUUCUAUUUUUUAUGGUAGAUUUGUUGACAAGGUCCUCUUAUUGUGUCAAAUUUUAUCUACAGAUAAACUGAUUACCAAAGUAUAUUUCAGUUAACUACAUAAAUGAUAGUGUGCAAAUGCGUGCUCCAGUGAAUUAGACGAAGCCAAAUCUUAUAAAACGUUUUAGCAAAGAGAUAAAAUUACUAUUUCAAUGUGGUAAAACAAGAAGCAUCAGAAGUGCCAAAGUAUCAGAAAUGCCUCCGCGAUUUUGAUUAAAGUUGUAUGAAAAGGCAGCAUCUGCUUUUACUCCCUCUUCACAGCCACCAACUGUGGUUCUAUUCAGUGUGUUAAUUAUAAACAUCACCAAUCCCCAAAAUGAGUCUUAAGAAGGCAUUCAGACAACCUUUAGUGCUUUAUGGCCUUUGGAAAUACAAUCUUUAAUUUAAUAACCAGUCCCUCCAUCCAGAGGAACUUUGUCACUGUCCAGGUUUGUUUUUAAUUCACUGGAGUUGUGGGAAACAUUUUGUAUGGAUGCUUGAAAACUGUAAUGGAUGUAGAUAUAAAUGAUAUAUACAGCAUACACACAAAGACACACCUGUAUCAAAUUCACUAAUAUGAAAAUGUUUUUCAUUGAGAAUCCUUCAUUACUCUUCCUUGAUACUGUACCUGGUCUUAUGGUAAAGCCGUAGUGUGUUCCUUUCAGUUCUGUGGGAGUGUGUGUAUGUGUGUACAUGUGCACUUGUAACUGCUGGG